AUGGACGGAGACACAUCUCGAUUGUUCUCAUCUUUGAGCCUCCAUGAGCAAGUUUCAAUCAUCGCCGCACUUUUACGCGGUCUAUUGCUUGAAGCUGAGCCUUUGCCGCCAGAGAGGCCCGAGUACUAUGCAGGCUUUGUGGCAAUGUACCAGAUGGUCCUUUACACGGAGAUUGCAGGCGAGGUAGACAUUCAAAGGAGCGAGAUCGACAGGGAGCAGGAGGCAGAGCUGUGGAAGGAGCAAGCGCGGAGAGGGGACGCCGAUUUCCAUGCAUGGUGCGAGGUCUCUGCCGACGUGCACCGGCAGGAACGUAUCGAGCGUCAGUCAAGGCUUGACCGGCUAUGUCCCGACGAAAUGGAGCAAAGCUACUUGCAGUCCAUGAGGGCUGAGUGUGACAGCAAUGAUCAAAUGCAGCAGCGCGCCCUCGCCGUCCUGCCGGAGCUCCAGGAAAAAAUGGCGUCUCUGUCCAUGCUGCCAAAGGAGAAGGACCUUAUCAAACAGAUGGCAGCCUUUGACCAAAGAGUCACUAGAGCAAAGACUGCAACUCUUGGCCAAGGAUCUAGUCAGCCAAGCCGCAAAAAGAAACACAAGGACCCCGGAGCCAACGAUUACGCUUUCUAUUGGCGACGCCUCUUUCUGAACAUGCAGAGCGAGCGCAUUGGUGGGACCUGCAUGCCAGGUAAGAUCAAAGCUGAUUGUGCUGACAUGGAGGCUUGGGAGGCCGCAGCUUACUUUUUCAUGACGGCAGGUUGCAUUCGUCUCAGCACCGAGGAUCACGCGCUUGUCUAUGGACCAUUUAACGGAAAGGAGGAGGAGCAGAAAGAGUAUGAAGAUCUCAUCCACGCUCGGUCUCGUAGGCGCUUUGAGAUCUUCAGCAAACUUUGGGACCCAGCAAAAGUUGCCUUUGAUGAGCUGACUGUUCAAGUGCUGAGCAGUCAUGCGCAUGGCCCUCCAGUCCUUCACCCCUGGUGGCCUGCUGAGAACCAUCGCCUCCAAUGCAAGUUAGAGCAAGAUCGCUUGGAAGCACUAGAGCGUGAGUUGAAUGGUGAAGACACUUCCGAGGCUGCCAGAGGGCGGAGCCAAUUAUCACCUAUUCUGUUCUCUUGCAGGCCUUUCAUGACAGAAGUGCAGCAGGAUGAGCUGAAGCACCAGCCAUUGUCCACACGGAUCGAAAUGGAACAGGCGCGUGACUCGUGGAUUUGGAUAUGGCAUGACCUCAUGGACGGCAAAGAUUUGGACUAUGACAGCCCGGCUGACAGAUAUCAUGCUUUGCUCUUGACUCGGGAUAUACUGAACUCACAGAAUAUACCACUUGAGCAUGUGGGGACAAUUGGCCUUUGGAGCCCCAGUGACUGGAUGAAAUCAGUCAGCGAUGAUCUGGCACUUACGUGCAGUUUUUGCUACUCCAAAAUAUUACCAUCACUUGAAACACAGGCCAUCACAUGUUCAGGGUGCGGAGUCGCCAAGUAUUGCAAAUCAAGCUGCCAAGAUGCUGAUUGGACGAAGGAGUACAUGCCACACAGGGAAGCGUGCGCUGCUAUGCGUUUAGCACGCUCCGAUCCGGUUGCAUUUCGUUCGCAGAUGGAGGCGGAUCGUCAAGAAGCACGUAGGCUUGCAGAAACUGAGGUCCAAAAGAGGAGGGAAGAGCAGGUUGAGGCCGCUCGAAAAGAAGCAGCGUCCAAGGCAGCAGCAUUACUAGCACCUGCCCAGGAGGACCGGGAUCAGAACUUUGCAAGCGAGGCCUUGGCCCAUUUGCAGCGUGUGAUGAAAGCUCGCACCGAGGCGACCACACUGCGUGCAAUUCCUGAGAGGAACGAAGAUCUCAAAUCGGCCUUGACGCUUGCUCAGCGAAUUUCGAUCAAGGGUAGUUGGCCUGACGAGUUGCGCGGUGGGUUUGCAAGGAGUGUGGCAGAGGCACGGGAGCUGCUGGAAAGUAGUAGCAACACGCUUCAACAACAGCAUUCCGAAGGUGAUGUAAAACUUGGCGGCCCCUCCAGGCACAAAGGGCCAGCUCAAGCUGAGCCUGGGCGUCAAGCCCCAGGUCAAGCAACUCUCUCAAAGAGACCGAAGCAAGCAGAUGAGGUCGAUGCAACGCCUUCUAAGAGGGAAAAGCAAAAGCGCAGGCGGUCAGAGUUAAAACGCAAAAAAGAGGUGGAGCUUGCACACCAUGCAGAAGCGGAGGCUGCCUUGGAACGCCAAAGGCUCUACAACUUGCAUCCGAAAGUUUGGGAAGCAGCAGAGGGCGAUGCUUUCGAAGGGAUUCAGGAGGAGACGGUACUUGAUGAUGGAGAAGUUGUCAUCACGUUGCCAUCGAAAACAAGCAACGCGUUUGCGUUUCGCGAGGGUCUUCUAAAAGACUCUGCGAGAAAAUUGUGGGCAGAAGGACAAAGGUCGCCACACUCGGCGAAGCAAAGACGAGGGCGGAGUUCAUCCCCAGAUCAUUGCUGGCGAGGGAGUCAAGCACGUGGUCUCAAGUUCUCCCUUGCCGAAUUUCAGGCUCGAUUUGCAGGAGCCGACUCCAGGCAACGGCUGGCCACGGCAGGUCCAGAAGAUUACGGUGCUGACUUGUCAGAAGCAGUGCCCAGCUGUGAACAGUCGCAAGCAGACUCCGUGCUUGAAGUUGGCGUUGAAGGUUUCAUGGAUCCCCGUGACAUUCUUUUCACCCACUCUUCAAUUUCUCGAUGCUUCCGAAAUGGUGCCGCCCUGGAUGAUACAAUCGAGGCAGUCCUCAAGGGGGAAAUCGAGCUGACAGCCUUUCCUGCCAUGGAAGUCAUUGAUUUAGAUGGGCAUUACUUCUGCUUGUCGAACCGCCGGCUUUUCCUUCACAGAGUUUUGGCAAAUAUGGGAAGGUGCCAGCAAGCCCGGGUGGUGCCUCUAUCCUGGAAUAGUGAGCGUGUGCAACGCCUUCGGUGGGAUGAAUCCCUAGGCCGGCUGGCAACCAAAUGGGAAAGAUCAUUGUCCACAAAAAAUGGAGGCCGGUUGGUUCGGAUACAGAGCAAAUUCUCUUCCCUACAGGAACCAUCACGAGCUUCAAGAGAUGGCUUGCUCCAAGUCAGGUCUGCUGUAGACCGCGCGCAAUCAGCGCACCGGUGA